AUGGCGUCUCGCAGCCGCGACUAUAGUAGUAGAGGAUUCUCAGCAAUCAAAGAUAUUGUCAGUGCAGGCGUCUUUCCUUCGGGAAAGGUCAUCAUCUACACUGGUAUACUGUCCAUUUGCAAGGAUGAAGAUGGUUUAGCGGCAGUCCUCGGUCAUGAAAUAGGCCACGUUAUGGCUUCACACGUUGCCGAGGAUAAAAGCAAACUACUCUUCUUCUUGCCAGCUUUGAUACCUAUAUCUCCUAUCUUAAUUCUAGCCCUUUUGGGGUUUGAGAUGCGGAUUUUGCUUUAUCCGUACACAUAUCUGCUCGGUUGUAUAAAAGCAGCCUCGUCCCGACGCAGAGAGAGCGAAGCAGACUAUAUUGGACUAGUUCUCAUGGCCAAGGCUGGUUACGACGUCAGUAAAGCAGCCAAAUUCUUGGACAAAAUGGACGGCUACGAGAAGCGAAUGCUGUCGCAAAAGAAUGCACAAGGAAAGCCCAUGUAUAAACAAGAAACCUCGGGAUUCCUGGCGUCGCACCCACAUACUGGCUCUCGUGCUGAGAAAGUCCGCGAGUGGUUACCAGAGGUCAUCGAACGAACUGGGAGGGCUCCACCUUUGGGACCUUCGAGCGAAAGGGGAAACAAAGUUGAUGCACUUGACUUCGAAUAA